UUCUUCCGUACAUUCUCCUCAUUCUUAUUUUUGCCUGUUGAUUCUGCUAUGUGUGUGCUGCUUUGAAGAUUGUUUCUAUUCCUUCAGCAUGCCUUAUAUUAGGCCCAGGAGCUUGAGUUUGAUGAGAUCUGCACUGUUCUUGUCCUUUGUGGUGGACUCGAGCUGUCUUGGGUCACUCAGGUACAACUGAUUUGCAUGAUGUGUUCUAAGAGCUGCAACUCUCUUCACAGCUGCUCCUGCACCUGUGCAGAUGUCUGCAGUGUUGUAGGACAGGCAUCUGAAUGACAUACCUGUCAGGUGUAUUCAGUGCAUGGUCCGUUACUCUCUUGAUUUUACUGUGCAUGCAGUAUACAGGAGACAUGGGCCAAAGCAUCCUCAGCGUUUCUCAAAGGCAUGCUUUUGUUCUCAUUCCUGUUCCUCAGCACAUGUGGCAUACAGCCUGGGCUGCAGGGAGCUGCUCUGCAGUGUUCAGCCAAGUGACAUUCAUUCCCCAGCUCCCUGUCUGUGAGCUGCUGAAGUCCAGCCUGUUCUGCUCUGUGACAGGGAGGCUGUGUCCCUCGAAGCUUGGUUGCCACUAGGUGGGGGCUGUGAUCCAGCCUGAGGAGUGCUGGGAGGCUGGGUGAGACUUGGCCUCCUGGCCGUCCUGUCUGCAAAGUCUUCAGCCUCCAAGAUGAAGCAUAAGCAGCAGCUCGUAGACAGCUGCAUUCUGCCUCCUGCUGGGCCACUGUGCUUCCUGUGGAGUGGAAAAGUCCUGGUGCCCACACUUCUUGGUGAAGAUGGGUAAGGAACUGACAGCACAGGUCCCUGGGGCUGAGAAGGCUAAAGCUAUUGCUGAAAAGACUACUGUUGGCAUUGCUCAAUGCCAUAUGGCAGAAGGGGUCCACCUUGAUACAGCCAGGAGAAAGGGAGCCCACAGCAGCCCUGUGCCAGCAGUCCUGUGGAAGGAUGGAGCAUCCAGGACUGCUGUGCUGACAGGUGUUGGUGAGAAGCAUGUCUCAUGCAGAGGAGCAGGGGAUGGUUUAUUGUCUGGGAUCUCACCCCUUGGCACAGUGGUUUCUGUUCUGCUUUCCCAGAGAAGCAGCAGCAUGCUAUCAGGGCUCUAAUUCACAGCUUCUUGAGACAUCCCAGCUUGUAUUUGCAGUGGAAGUUAGAACUUUGAAAGAAGAAUAAGAGCACAGCAGUUGUGUUCAGACAAAAAUGCUUGCCAGAAACUUAGCCAGCAUGAGUAAGUGUCAAGCAAUUUCCAGCAGUCUGUUUUACACAAGCUGACUGUGCAAGGUGAGAGAGUGGGAGUUUUCCAGAGUCUGAAGUUUGGCUUGGGGUCUGCUUGAGAUGUACCAUGUCAGGAAAACUGACAAGAAUUUGUGUGCGCGCACUAUACUCUUUACCCAGAUGCUUGGCAGUCACUGACUCAAAAGGCUGCCUGUCUGUGCUUUGGUUCCUAUAAAUUUCAGGGACUAUUUUUGCCAGUUCUGCCUUUCUAUGUGAGCAAAGCACAGCAAACUCCCAGCUACUGUGUUUUUUUUGGGAGAUGCUGGCACUUUACUUGACGUGUUGCACUGACAAGCAGUGCCUAAAAGCAACCGUGUAGUCAAAAUAAACUGGUAUGAUGUGAAUUCUCCAUGUUAGGUAUGGAAGAGUCAUGAGCUAAUUAGACUGGGGAAAUGAGUUGUGGACAGUUGUUUGUUGUUUUUUUUUUUGUACCAUGCAGCUCAUAAACAAGUCAUGCUGCUAUUAGUGAGAUGUGUCAUCUUCAAAAUUCUAGGCUAGCUUUAAGUUGCUUCAGGGUCCUUUUGGAGAAGAUGCUGUUCCUGUGGUAUGUGUUAUACUUAAGAGUCCCUCAACAUUUUUUAUCACUUGCAUGUUGAUAUAGGUUUCUCAUCUCUUCAGACUCAAAUAAUUGCUCUGCUUCCUGAAAUGUCUGCUAAAUGAUAGCAGUGGAUUUAGUCCUUGUAUUUGUUCUGGAACAGAGCUCCCAGAAAGUACAGGCUGAUUCUUGUUACAAACUGUAGAAGUCUUCAGCUUGAAAGGUACAGCAGGAAUGGGCAUCAUUAAAUAACACGUGAUAUUAGGCAUGACAUCCUUGGCACGUACCCUGUAACAGGACAGAGGCAGCACAGAGCUCAGUUAGUGCCAACUGUGCUCUGCAGACCCAGGGUGUGUGCUGUGGAUUUGUUCAUCAUUAUAGUUGGGGCUUUUGUUCUUUUGUUGCAUUCCGAAUACCCAACAUGCACAGAAGUGUUCCCACACUUUAUUUUCAGACUUCUGACAGGCAAGUUGCAGGGUUGAGUUGUCAUUUGUGGGGCAGUGUAAGGCCUGUGAAGUUUAUCCAGUUCUCUUAAACUACUGCUGCUUAGAAAAUGACAAUCUAAUUACAGAUUGUGCUUUGGCUUUUAGGGACAUGAGAUGCAGCACCAAUAGGCAAAGUUGAAACUAAAUUAUCUGCUCUUUUGUGCUACAGGGAAAUGUAAAGGUAGAUGUGGUUUGUGCAGCAGGCUCAGCCCAGCUGUGCAGAGGUGUGCUGCAGCAGAAGCCAGUUGAAUUCCUGGAGGCAGGAGGUAUGUCUUGACUCUGCUCCCAACCUUCAACGGCACAAAAGCACUUCCUCUCUGCACUCGAAGUGAAAUGGAGUACUGUGUUCUAGGCUUUACACCAAAAGGGACUUUUUCUUUGGGACCCAACCCAAAGUAACCCUUAAAGCCUUGUUGACUUCAUAGCUGAAAUGCUAUCUCGGAAUUCAGCACUACUUUUUGCUUAAUCUGGGGCUAUUCAGGCAUCUGAUUCUGCUGUUAGAGAUCAGUGGAAAGCUGAUGGGAACAGGGUACCUCUGAAACCUGUAGAUACUACAGCCUGUAUUGCCAAAGAUCUUUUAUCAUAGGUCCUGUCUCUUCCCACUACUUGCAUCUUUGUCACAGGGAUCUCCUCUUCUGGUCAGCAGCUACAUGAGAUGACUGCUGUGGCUUUACUGGCGCAACUGACAGAGAGCAGAAGGGACUCUUGCUUGCAUGAAGCGACUCUGCGUGCAUGGCUGCAGCUGAGGUUAAAGAAGGUUGAGAGCUGUCCACUGUGGUGGAGAUAAUGUAGGGUGUCCUAAAGCCAUCUAGCUGUCUGCCUGCCAGUGUGAUGUCUGGUGAGUGUGGCUCAGGAAAGGCUGAGUCUGGGGCAAGACCCAGAGCAAAGGAAGAAGAUAAAUGGUGCUGCAGGCUGGGGUAGCCUGCCACUGGGAAACUCUGAUGGAGGAAAAAGGGAAGGCCAGGGUGAGGUGAGGUGAGGCUGGCAGCAGGAGUGGAAAUGUUGGGUUCAACCUCCAGCUGUGGUUCUCUUGGAUUCCUUCUGUUUCUCAGCACCAGCUCAGGGACAGGCAGGGACUGCAACUGAAGCAGUGUGUCUUGUCUGUCCCUGGUGUUUGCUGAGUGGCAGCAUGGAACCCCCUGUCCUGCUCAGUGAUGCUGUGAGAACAGCAGAGACUUUGGGUGGCAAUGACUGAGGGAGCUGUCGCAGCCUUUGGGAGACACACUGGAGGUACUGCUCAGCCUGUGCGGUGGGACAGCACAGGGCUGCUGGCGCUGCCUGCGUGGAUGCCACAGAUCAAAGGUUGUCCUUGAGGGAACUUCUCUGAAGCUGUACCUCAGUUUACCUUAGGAUUUGAGGCAGAGGCAAAAGUUAUUUGAACUUGUUCCAGUGGAAUGAUGGGGGAUUAAUUAGCUAAUGAAUACUCAGAGAUGCAAACUAAGAGCUAGUUGUUCACACUGCACUGGGGCCAGUAUAUCGUCCUGAACUUCAUCUCUCUGUGCCUGCCAAAGUUUUUUUUUUUUACUACUACACAGGUGGAUGUGUUUUCAGCAAAGGCUUCCACGUAGAAGAUUUUAAAAACCAAAAUAAAAAGCAACUCCAAGUUUGAAAUCAUGCUGCCAGGGAGAGUGUUUGCAAGGAAGCAGCCUGAUAAACAAGGAAAUUUCACGAGUUGCAGAGAGGUGAAAUUCUACAGUGUGGCAACAAUUCUCAGUCUGUGAGAGCGCCACUGUGGUCCCAGCCACCUUGGUCUGACUACAGGAUUGUCGUUAUUACAGGCAGCCUCAGGAAACUGGGCAGGACUGAAAAAGUAACAGUGAUGUGAAGUUUGUCUGAGUCACUGACUACAUCCCCCGUGGUUCUCUCAGGGCAGCAGCUCUUGGAAGAAGGCAGAGUAGGAUGCAGUGAGUGAGAGCUGCUCUUUCUGGUCACCACUAACUUCAGAUCUCCUCCCCUAGCCUCUCCCAGUCUUUUGUACUUUCCUUGCUACUCCAUCCGCUGCAGCAAAAACUGGCAGAAGCAGCAGUUAGAAGCCCUGCUCCAAAAGCGACUAGAAAAGCCUCGAAACCAGCAGCAGCAUGAACAUGAAAACCGUGCUCGUGCUGCUCCUCCUGGCCCUGGCCACAAUCUUUGCCCUCGUCUGCGUGCUGCUGACCCGGGCACGGGCCCCCAGCGCCUGCCAGCAGCAGCCCUCGGCACAGGAGGAAGCGGACGACGGCCACAGCCGGGUCUUUGCUGACCUGACACCCGAGGAGCUGGCACAGGUGGUGCAGUACCUGCGGGUCAGCCUCGGGGUGCCGCUGGCCGAUGCAGCGCAUGCCAAACCCUCCGACAACUGCAUUGCCUCUGUGGACGUGCAGCUCCCGGCCAAGGCAGAGGUGCUGCGGUUCCUGGAUGCUGGAGGGGCUCGCCCACCCCGUGAGGCACUGGCUGUGCUGUACUUUGGGGCCCAGGCAGAGCCCAACGUCACCGAGUACGUGGUGGGCCCACUGCCAGCACCAACGUACCACCGGGACGUCACGGUGCAGAAGUACGGGGGGAAGGUGCCGUACCACCGCAGACCAGCGUUGCCCGCUGAAUACAAACAGGUUGCUGAUUUUUUUAAAAAACAGGUGUUCCCUGCAGCUCCAUCCUUCAUGGACCAAGUGAUGGAGUAUGACGGGGCCAACCUGGCCGCUGUGACAGCUGCUCCCCGUGGAUCCCGGUCUGGAGAUCGGCUCACUUGGUUUGUCGUGUUUCAGAAUGUGAGUGGGUUCUUCCUGCACCCAGUGGGGCUGGAGGUGCUGGUGGACCACAGCAGCCUGGAUCUCACACAGUGGGCAGUCCACAGAGUUUUCUACAAUGGGCAGUACUACAGGGACAUGUCUGAGCUGGAGAGAAUCUAUGUGCGGGGUGGUGUCCAUGUGGAAAAGGUGAGAAGAGCAUCGCAGGAUGGGGACUUCUCGUCUAUGAGGCCACGAGCACCGGUGGCUGCAACAUUCCCUUUGCAGUAUGAGCCGCAGGGGCCGCGGUACAGCAUCAGGAAAAACCUCAUCAUUUUCCAGGCCUGGAGCUUUGCCUUUGGAAUGAGUGUGACGACGGGCAUGCGCCUGUUUGACAUCCGAUACAAUGGGGAGAGGGUUGUGUACGAGAUGAGUGUGCAGGAGGCGCUGUCAGUGUAUGGCUCCAACUGCCCUGGAGGGAUGUCCACCCGCUACAUGGACAGCAGCUUUGGCAUUGGGCGCUACUCCUCACCCCUGGUGCGUGGGGUCGACUGCCCGUACACGGCCACCUAUGUGGACACGCACACCCUACAUGAGGGCUUGAGCUCCAGCAGGAGGACGGCAGCCCUCUGCAUCUUCGAGCAGAACCUGGGCUCCCCUCUGCGGCGCCACUACUCCAACCUACAGUUGUUGUACUAUGGUGGCAUGGUCAACUCCGCGCUGGUCGUUAGAUCCAUCACCACUGUGGGUAACUAUGACUAUGUCUGGGACUUCAUCUUCUACCAGAAUGGGGCCAUCGAAGGCAAAGUCCAGGCCACGGGGUACACAAGCUCAUCCUUUUUCCAUGGGAACGGUCUACAGUAUGGCAAUAGAGUUUGGGAGCAUACCUUGGGUACAAUUCACACCCAUUUUGUCAACUAUAAAGUAGACUUGGAUGUGGGAGAGGUGAAGAACUCUUUGGUGGCCCAUGACAUGGCAUUUGAGGUGGCACAGGCUCCCUGGAACCCAGAGCAGCAGAUUGAGCGUCCACGGCUCACAGAGAAGGCCCUGGACACGGAGGACCAGGCUGCCUUCCGGCUCCACUCCACAAUGCCCAGAUACAUCUACUUUGCAACCAACAAGAAAAACAAGUGGGGCCACCAACGUGGCUACAGGAUUCAAAUCAUCAGCUUUGCAGGGGAUCACAUUCCCGAAGCCAGCUCCAUGGAGAGGGCCAUCAGCUGGGCAAGGUACAAGCUGGCUGUCACCAGGCGGAAGGAGGAAGAACCCACUAGCACCAGUGUCUACAACCAGAACGACCCUUGGACUCCCACUGUCGCUUUUGCUGACUACAUCAACAAUGAAACUAUCACCAAUGAGGACCUGGUGGCCUGGAUAACUGCUGGUUUUCUCCAUAUUCCUCACUCAGAAGAUAUUCCCAACACGUUGACGGUGGGAAAUUCAGUUGGUUUUCUCCUGAGACCCUACAACUACUACGACUUGGACCCCUCCAUUUACUCACCCGAUGGCGUGUUUUUCACCAGCGAGCAGAACUUCAUGGCAUGUGAGGUUAACCCCAUCACCUGCCUGUCCCAAACUGCCUCCUGCUUGCCAAGCUUCCCCCCAUUCACCUAUGACGGAUUCCAAAAUAUCAGCAGGCUUUAGAGGUCCAGGGCUAGAGGCUGACUGAUCUCCCAUGGAUAUUAAUUUCUUUUAGUGGAGUUUUCUUUGUUUGCAGUUCUGUAACAACUUUACUUUUUAUUGUGGCUUUCAUAAUGUAGUAAUCUGUAUGUGUGAAGCAUGCUGCUCAGUAGAGGUCUGCAGAGUCUCUGCUAACUGCUGCAUGCCAGGGGUAAAAGUGAGGAGAAAAUACUCUUCCUCUGUUGUAGCAACAAAUGCUGUGUAGUGUCAAUGUCAGGUUUAAAAAAAAAAAAAAAAAAAAAAA